AUUUUCUUUUGUUAAGUAUUAUGUAAUUUAAACGCAAAGUGUUUCAAUUAAUAUUAACAUUUGCAUUGUGAUUAAGAUUCUUUUUGAGAAUGAAAGACAUUUUAACGCGUAUACGACGAAGCUCAUUAUGUCACUUAUUAAUGCAGCGAUAAACUUGCAAUCAAGAAUGGUGAUAUUGGGGAUUCGUAAUCUCAUUGUUUUUUGCAUUGUUUUAUUACGAGGGGAAGCUUAUGGAAAAUAUUUAGAGGGUCUCAAUGUAAACUUAGGAGACGCUCUUUUAUUUCUGAGAGAAUAUGAUAGUGCAGCUUCGUUAAUGUGCACAAGAGUGACAAUGGCCCAAUGGAAUUUUGCGACAAACGUUACUGAUGCAAAUCAUCAAAGAAUGGUGGAUGAACAAACAUUAAAAUUAAAAUUUGAAAGGGCUUCUUGGCGGAAAGCAAUCACUUUUGCUUGGAGCCGAAUACCAGAUUCUUUAGCAAGAAGAGAACUUAAAAUGAUUGUUACAAAAGGUCGAAAUUCCUUGUCAGACGAUAAAUUUAAUGAGAUACACCGUUUAAUAGCCGAGAUGAAAGAGAUUUAUAUUAAAGCUAGAGUAUGUCCGUACAAACAAAUUGAUGGAGAGUGUAAUUUGAAUCUAGAUCACGAUAUUAAUAAAAUAAUGGCACAAUCAAAAGACUAUGACGAAUUAUUGUAUUAUUGGCAUGCUUGGCACGAAGCAACUGGCCCACAGCUUCAAAAUAAAUAUUUGAGAUAUGUUCAACUGGCUAAUCGAGCAGCUAAAUUAAACGGUUUCGCCGAUGCUGGCGAUCAGAUGAGGGAGUUGUUCGAAGAUGGAUAUUUCCAGCAAAAUAUAGCAGAAGUGAUGUCAGCCAUCUCUCCGCUAUACAAAAAUCUUUUUACUUACGUACGAUCAAAACUGAUUGAAAGAUACGGCGACAGAAUACGAGAGGACGGGCCUUUACCGGCGCAUGUUUUGGGAAAUAUGUGGGCUCAAAAUUGGGAAGGUCUGUUCGAAUUGGUGCAACCUUUUCCUGCAAGCAGAAAACUCGAUGUAACUGUGGAUAUAAUGAUUCAGAGUCUCACUCCAAUGAGGAUGUUCCAAAUAGCAGAGGAGUUUUUCACUUCACUCGGAAUGAAGCCGAUGCCGCCCGAAUUCUGGAAAUUUUCUAUAUUUGAAAAACCCAUUGAUAGAGAAGUUAAAUGCACUCCUAGUGCGUGGGACUUUUGUAACAGAAUCGAUUAUAGAAUAAAACAGUGUACCAGAGAUACAAUGGAGGAUUUAUUAUCGACGCAUUACGAAAUGGCACAUUUGCAAUAUUAUUUACAAUACAAAGAUCAUCCAUUGUUAUUUCGAAACGAGGCCAUGCCGGGAUUCUACGAAGCUGUUAGCGAUGCGAUUGGUUUAUCUAUCUUUACUCCGCAACAUUUGCAUAAAAUCGGACUGUAUAAGAAUUUAACGGAUGAUUAUAAUAGCAACAUAAAUUUUCUGAUGCUAAUGGCUCUCCGUAAAGUAGCUUACAUGCCUUUUGCUUAUAUAGUUGAUCAGUGGAGAUGGCAUAUCUUUAGCGAUGGCGUAGAAGAUAUGACAGCACGUUGGUGGGAAUUAAGAUUGCAAUAUCAGGGUAUUGUUCCACCUAUGCCUAGAUCUGAAAGAAAUUUCGAUCCGGCAGCGAAAUAUCAUAUUCCAGCGGACAGUCUUUAUGUCAAAUAUUUUGUAAGCAUUGUUUUACAAUUUCAAUUAUUCCAAUCACUGUGUGAGAUUUCUGGUCAUACAGGCGAAUUGCACACUUGCGACAUUUAUAGAUCACGGGAAGCAGGUCGAUUAUUAUCAGAUGUUCUGUCAAUGGGAUCUUCUAGACUAUGGCAAGAUGUUAUCAGGCAAAUGACAAGAGGUAGAGUAAAUAGGAUAGAUGCUGGUGCCAUGCUCAAAUAUUUUGAGCCUUUAAAUGAGUGGUUAAAACGACAAAAUGAGAUGCAAUCUGUGAUCGGUUGGAUCACGAAUCGCGACGACAGAGAAAGAUAUCAUCGUUACAGGACUGCGUCAUAUAAUCCUUUAGGCCUUGUAAAUAAUGUACUCGCAUAUCAGAGAUCAUCGAGGCAGGAUAUGAAUAAAAAUAGUUUUGCUUUGGCAUAUUAUUCAGAUAUUAAGCAAAGUUCCAAGGGUGAAUGCCAAAAAUCUCAGACCGAACAGAAGAAAGUAUCGGUAUUCCAAAAAAUGAAACAAAUGACCAAAGAUUAUUGGCAUAUAUUAAUACCUGUACACAUAAUUACUUCUAUAGGAUGGGUAGCUAUAUUCUACAUUGCCAUUAGAAAUGGUGUGGAUAUAGCACAGCUAUUGGAAUACAUGAGUUUUAGCGAAAAAUAUAUAGAAUUAGUACGUAAUUCAAGUGCUGGCAACUGGGCAAUUACUUAUGCACUUUAUAAGAUAUUUACUCCACUGAGAUAUACUGUUACAGUUGGAGGAACGACAAUGGCUAUUAGAUAUCUCAGCAAAUUAGGCUACGGAAAAGCACCAUCAUUCAAACGUCAAUCAGCAGAGCCAGUACAGUCAAACAAAUGUGCAGCCGAACACAAGACAAAAUUCAAGGCAGAGUGUAAAACGGACCGACACACGGAACCGCCAAAACCAUAAAUAUUUCGCCUGCGCUAUGUCGGAUUUACGAAUUGGGCUCGGUAUAGCUUGAGUAUUAAUUCUGCCGCGCGCGGUAUCGAUGUAUACUUCUCUUUGUAAAUGUAACUAUAUCACGAUAAAUUAUCUCUUGCAUUAA